AAAAAAAACAAAACCCCUGAGAUAAGUGCGACAUCCGCGGCACAAUUAGGUGACGGACUCUCCCUCUCUCUUUUUCUUCUCUCCCCCUCUCUUUCUCUCUGCUGGGUGCCGCCAAUCGCUGGAGGAUUUGUCGGAGUUUUCCCCGAGCAUCUUUUGAGCAUCAGCAACUCCACCUCCACCUGCCUGCGCUUCACAAGUCCAUCGGAUCAAUUCCUCCACUUUCACCCUUUUUUAUCCACCCGACCAUUGAAAGGGACACUUACACACCGCACGGGCCUUUUAUCAGGAAAAGCGUUCCCAAUGUAGAGUUGGUCCCCCUCCCUCAGGGAAAGACAACAUCGGGCCCUGUUAUAUCAGGUCAUAUUGGUUUCCUCUGCUCACUUGGCCUCAGGCUAAUGCCCUGCUCCAUGUAUGGAUUUGCUGUCCUGUAAUUCCUCAACCUGUCUGCAUGUGAUCGGUGGCUCAGAUAUAAUCCUGCACAACGCGGCUGAUUGCGGUGGUAGAUCUUCAUCUUUACGUCUCGGUGUAGCAGAGAACUCUGCCCAAUUUUUUUUCCCACUGAUGUCUGCCUCACUAUGGAUUUGGAGAAGUAGCAACAGCGGCAGGAGCUGCACUUUGCAAGUGAGGAUGUUGUUGUGGCUGCUGCUUUUGCUCCUGCCUGCCCACUCCUCGGCUCAGCGCUCAGAGCCCAUGUUCUCGGCCAUAACCAGGACCGUCCUCCCUCCUGACUACGACAACAACCCCACUCAGCUCAACUACGGCGUGGCCAUCACCGACGUGGACGGGGACGGAGACCUGGAGAUAUUCGUAGCUGGCUACAACGGGCCAAACCUGGUGCUAAAGUACGACAAGCAGAGGAAGAGACUUUUCAACAUCGCCGUUGACAACCGUAGCUCCCCUUUCUACGCCCUGAGAGACCGUCAAGGCAACGCGAUCGGAGUGACAGCGUGCGACAUCGACGGAGACGGUCGGGAGGAGAUUUAUGUCCUCAACACCAACAACGCCUUCUCUGGUCGGGCGACAUAUUCCGACAAGCUGUUUAAGUUCCGUAAUGGACGUUUCGAAGAUCUGCUGAACGAUGACAUUAACGAACACAGAGAUGUGGCAAACCGAAUGGCUGGGCGCUCAGUGGCCUGUGUGGACCGAAAGGGCACAGGGCGUUAUGCUAUCUACAUAGCAAACUACGCCAGUGGCAUCGUGGGUCCUCAUGCUCUCAUAGAGAUGGAUGAGGCGGCGAGUGACCUUUCACAGGGCGUCAUUGCCCUCUCCAGUGUGGCAGAGCAGGCCGGAGUCAACAAGUUCACUGGAGGGAGAGGUGUCGUGGUGGGGCCCAUCGUCAGCCAGACGCUGUCGGAUGUGUUUUGCGACAACGAGUAUGGACCCAACUUCUUGUUCAGGAACAACGGGGAUGGAACGUUCACAGAUGUGGCACAGCAGGCUGGUGUGGAGGACCCCAUGCAGCACGGCAGAGGGGUUGCUCUGGCAGACUUCAACCGUGACGGCAAGACCGACAUUGUUUACGGGAACUGGAAUGGGCCUCAUCGCCUGUACAUACAGCAGAAUAACCGCAAACAGAAGUUCAAGGACAUAGCGUCCCAGAAGUUCGCCAUGCCGUCUCCAGUUCGCACCGUUAUCGUUGCAGACUUUGACAAUGACAAUGAGCUGGAGGUCUUCUUCAAUAACAUCGCCUACCGGGGCCCCUCCGCCAACAGGCUCUUUAGAGUGAGCAGGAGAGAGCACGGAGACCCGCAGAUCGAAGAGUUGCAUGUUGGGGAGGCAUCGGAGCCCGAAGGAAGAGGAACGGGAGCUGUGGCCACAGACUUUGAUGGCGACGGCCGCCUGGAACUGUUGGUGUCUCAUGGUGAAAGUGCAGCGCAGCCGCUCUCUGUCUACAAGGUCAACCAGGGCUCCACUAACUCCUGGCUGCGGGUGAUUCCCCGGACCAAGUUCGGUGCCUUCGCCAGAGGAGCUAAGGUGGUGGUGUACACAAAGAAGACGGGCCCGCACACGCGGAUCAUCGACGGUGGCUCAGGAUACCUGUGUGAGAUGGAGCCCGUCGCCCACUUUGGCCUCGGUAAAGAUGUGGCCACCAACGUGGAGGUGUACUGGCCAGAUGGCCGCUCGGUGGCCCGACCCCUGGAGCCUUCAGAGAUCAACUCCGUGCUGGAAAUCCACUAUCCCAGAGACGAGGAGGAAUUCACACCGACUGUGGAAAUAGAGUGCGGUCAUGGGUUCGCUCUGAACGAGAACGGUCGCUGCACAGAUAAAGAUGAGUGUACCCAGUUCCCCUCCGUUUGCCCCUCUGACCGCCCCGUCUGCACCAACACCUACGGCAGCUAUAAGUGCCGUGCCAAGAGGAGAUGCAACCAGGGCUUUGAGCCCAACGACGAUGGGUCGGCCUGUGUGGCCCAGGUGGCUUACUUUGAGGGGACGCAGUCUUCCGGGCAUCGCAAGUGGCCGGUCCUUUCUUUCUGGUUGCUCUCUGUCUCUGUGCUACCACUCCUCUCUACCCAUCUUCAGACUGGCCUACUGUAGCCACCGCUGUCUUCUCCCCAUCGCUCCACUGCGGAGAGAACGGGGAUGUACAGAAACUCUCAGAGAAAACUAUUCGCUGAAACAUCUUCUCCUUGAUGGAUCUCUGCCAUCUAUUUCCAUCAGUUAUUUAAAGUCCUGAUCCCCUCGUCACCACUGCUAUGUGUCAUCUCUUGGCUCCCAGCCCCCUCUGGACUAUAACGAAACGCACAGGGAGCAUGCUCGCUGGGAGCUACAGGGGUUCAGAAACUAACUGUGUCACACCCGCGGAGUCCUCACGUCAUCACCUGGCACUUAUCUUAGUGGGACCUGAACUGAGGCCAAGUCAAUAAGUGGAGCCGCUGCGUAUAAACCCCUGCACGUACAGACCUGGCUCCGCAGACCACAUUCAUUAGAGACACGCUGAGGCCCCGUCUGAAUCUCCAACAAUGCCGCAAUGUUAAUCCUAACUAUGUCACUCGUUCUUACUAUGGGCUUACUGGGACAGUGAGAAACACCAGGUCUCCACACUUUAGGUUUUGUGCGUGUGUGUGUGUGUGUGUGUGUGCAUGUGUGUACUACGUCCACAGAGGCAGUGGGCGUGAGAAACAUAUGCCAGACCAUCUGUCUCCGAUGGUAGGUUACAUUUUGUUACUGAUGAAUAAUACAACAGCACAGUGGAGAAAAUACACACACACACACACACACACACACACACACACACACACACACACACGUAUGUGUCUGUGAGCACAACGAAGAGUUUUAUAUGAGGUAAAUGAUACGUGCACUUGAACCCAUCACCAUUUAUUUAUGAAUUAUUUUAAUCACUUGCCACAUAGUGUUGAACAACUCUAAAUUAUAAAUAUUAAAACGAGCAUCAGCUCAUAUUAUUUACUGUUAAUAAUAGUCGAAAUUCAUGUGUAUGGCUUUUUUAAUCAAAUGAAAAUAAGGGUGAGGGAACAAGGAGGCGGUGAUGUCUCUAGCUCAUGAUGAAGACGUCGAUAUAAUUCAGUAAAAUCUGCCAUCAUUAAAAAUCUACGAAUUAAAACUUUAUCUUGAUUAUUGUAGGCAUAAUAGCUGAAUUGAAUGUAUCAUAGUUUCUUGCACAAUUUCUGAAUAAUUUGCAGUAAAACAUAAAAUUAUUAUUGCAGGAUAAGGCUGGUGAUAUGUUUUAUUUUUUGUUUGUCAACAAAUCAUAUUAAAUGACGAAAAAAGAAUAACCCAGUUUGUGCCAUUUGUCAUAUUUGCUAGUAGUUAAUUGUUGAUUGGGAUUUUUAAACAAAAUAAUAAAUGGAAUAUCAUCAGACUUAUCAUUUAAGUUGUAGAUAUGAGUUGAGGUGAUUUUGUGGACUACAACAUUAGCAUGUGUAACCCUUUAUUUAUUUAAGACUACAGAUGUACUUAUUUUUUGUCCUGCAGCCACAUCUUCCUUGAAAGUUUUUUAGGAAUUUAAUAAAUAUCUUGGCAGACAAGAUUACCCAAAAGUGAAAACAUCGUCUUCCACAAGAUGCUGACAGAUGAUUUUUUUUUGCUUCCACGUCGCUCUGCAGCGCAGCAUUAAUUCACCUCUCAGCGAUCAAGACGGCACAAGCUACGCAACACGAGUCACGUCUUAUCCAGCGUUAGACCACAGCCACUGUUCUAGAUUGAUUCAUCGUCGAGUGGUGACCAGCAUGGUCCUCCAGAGUAGGGGCUGUGUGUGUGCAUCUGUGUGUGUGUGUGUGUGUGUGUGUGUGUGUGUGUGUGUGUGUGUGAGAGUGAGUGAGUGAGUGAGAUUGAUGGAUUUCUCCCUCUUCACUUUCUGAAGCAAGUGUUAUAUAUUUUGGACAUUUUUAGCCCAAAACCUCACACAUUCCAUUCGAGAAGCAGCCCUGAACGCAGCCCGCUGACAUCAGCCUGCUAAUGAGUUGGACCCCAGAAACCACAGUUGCCACCUGUAAAUAUCAAACAUUUCAGCUGAGAUGUGAAGACUUGACGACUUGAUUCCUCUCCGAGACAUUUACAACGAAAACCAAAAGCAUCAGAGCGUGAAAAAACGGACAAACACAGGAUGAUGGAUGUGUUGAAAUUACUCACCGCGGAUCUGUGUUGGAUCCACGCGUUGACAACGCUGUCAUGCUCCCCGUGAAUGCCAAAGACUCUGUGGAGAGUAAGAGUUACUCAAGUCAAAUGCUUUUUGUGUGUCUGUGCAGAAAUGUCAAAGCGGUUCAGCCGAGGUCGCUGCAAAGACGCUAUCAUGAGGACAGAAUAGAAACCUCUUCUCUUUUUUCUUAUCACACUCUCGGGUCAGACUCGAACUGUAUCACUAAGGUCCAAUAUGUAAGCUCAGUUUGCAUGAGCAAUAAGCUCCACAAGUGUUUAUCAAAAUUGCAUGUUUUGAAAAGGGGACAUACAGGUGUUUUUACCUCCGUCGCUCACAUUCUCCUACUAGAACUUCACAAUCCUAACGGCUAUGUAGUCAUUUGUUGUCAAAAACAUGGUUGUGUGAAUCCAGUUUGUAUCUUUUUUUUCCCAUAAAUGUGUUGAAGUGGGUUUGUGGCAUUCCAGCUAAUUGUGUGGCUUGUAAGCAGAGAGAAGAUACAGUACCACUGGAGACCGUUGGCUACUUGACAACUCGUAUGUACACGCGACAAAACAUACAGUGUGUUCACUCCCAUCUACUCUGCCCAGCCAAACAUGCAGCUGGGUCUCGGAAAUCACAGGUUGUCAUUAACGCUGAAGAAAAUAAAUGAAAACAUAACCCUUA